UCAAAACAUACUUACUUAGGCCUGCUGAAUUCUCCUAACACAUGAUACCAUGAGAACGGGGGAUGGGAAAGACUGUAUCUGGCAACCAUGCUCGGUCCUGCCGUGACCGUGCUCGCAGUGCAGUGUGCAUCUGGAAGUUGUCGCCAUCAUAUCAGGCUCAAUGUGACGCUAGCUUGAAGUCAGUCCGCCGCUGUGUUCGAGGAUAUCAAGCUAAUGAUAUCAUUAACCUCCCUUUGUUUGUUCUGUCGAGUUCCUGUGAACCUCAGUGAUGUUAUUCAUCAGUAAACGAGUCUAGGAGCUUGGACAUAUUGAAUAGUUGACCCACAUUAGCAGAGAGCUGGAGUCUUCUUGAGGAGCAGUGAGGGGCGGUGGGCUGCUAACACUGGCGCUAGCUAGCUGCCGCGAACAAACUAAGCUAGUCAGCUGGCCACAGAGUCAAACACUGGGAGACAUUAAUGGUUAAAGUGAACAAGGCCGCUCCUGGGACCGCUGUUAUAUUCUCCUCGGUUGUUUCUUCUGCUAUCUUCUGUCAUUACGAUACUAACGGACCGUCACCAAGGUGCUAGCUUAGCAGCAUCACAGAGCUAGAACUCAGCUGAGGAAGAAGAUUUAUAACAAAGAUAAACAAAUAAUACUCCGGGAUCAGUCUGCGACGGUGGGAGUCUGUGAAGCUGGAGCUGGCAUCGUCAUAUUUCCUGUUUUUAACACCUGGCUGUUGGGCCUGACAAUACAGAGGAUGUCUGAGGGAGAGAACAAACAGGCCUCGGACACUGUCCAGGACGGGAAGCCAGAUUCCGCAGCUGCUGCCACAGGCCAAGUGUCAUCUGUGUCACCUCCGGUGUCUAUGGUUACCCAGCCUCAAGCUACUGCAGCCACAGAGGAUGAGGAAGAGGAGAGUGAAGAUGAGUCAGAGAUUCUGGAGGAAAGCCCAUGUGGGCGCUGGCAGAAACGUAGAGAAGAGGUGAAUCAGCGCAAUGUCCCUGGGAUCGAUAAUGCUUACUUGGCCAUGGACACAGAAGAAGGAGUUGAGGUGGUGUGGAAUGAGGUCAUGUUCUCAGAAAGGAAAAAUUUCAAACUACAGGAGGAAAAGGUCAAAGCAGUUUUUGACAAUCUGAUCCAGCUGGAGCAUCUUAACAUUGUGAAGUUUCACAAGUACUGGGCCGAUGUCAAAGAGAACAGAGCGAGGGUGAUUUUCAUCACUGAGUACAUGUCCUCGGGAAGUCUCAAACAGUUCUUGAAAAAGACAAAGAAAAACCACAAGACCAUGAAUGAGAAGGCUUGGAAGCGCUGGUGCACACAGAUACUGUCUGCUCUCAGCUACCUACACUCAUGUGAACCUCCUAUUAUCCAUGGCAACCUGACAUGUGACACCAUCUUCAUCCAGCACAAUGGCCUCAUCAAGAUAGGCUCAGUUGCCCCAGACACCAUCAAUAACCAUGUGAAAACCUGUCGGGAAGAACAGAAGAGCCUUCACUUCUUUGCUCCAGAGUAUGGAGCUGUUGCCAAUGUAACCACAGCCGUGGAUAUCUAUUCCUUUGGAAUGUGCGCCUUAGAGAUGGCUGUGUUGGAAAUCCAGAGUAAUGGAGAUUCAUCUUAUGUGUCCCAAGAAGCCAUAAACAGUGCCAUUCAGUCCCUAGAGGACACAUUGCAACGGGAGUUUAUCCAAAAGUGUCUGGAGGUGGAUCCCAGCAAGCGACCUACAGCCAGGGAGCUGCUGUUUCACCAGGCCUUGUUCGAGGUGCCCUUACUGAAGCUGCUGGCCGCACACUGCAUCGUCAGCCACCAGCAUAUGAUUCCAGAAAAUGCGUUAGAAGAGAUGACAAAGAACAUGGACCCAAACUUGGUGAUUGUCGAAGCCAAGGAUGGAGUUCAGAUGAAGCUCUCUCAGUUUCCUGCACUUGAGCUGGACAAGUUCUUGGAAGAUGUAAGGAACGGGAUCUAUCCUCUGACGGCGUUCGGGAUACCAUGUCCUCAACAACCCCAGCAGGAGACAGUGAAGUCCCCCAUAGUGCCCCCCUCAGUGAAAACCCCGACUCCUGAGCCUGCAGAGCUCGAGACCAGGAAGGUCCUUCAGAUGCAGUGUAACAUUGAACCUGUGGAUGAGGGCGCCAAGCAUCAUCUGACCCUGUUGUUGAAACUUGAAGAUAAACUGAACAGGCACUUAAGCUGUGACUUGUUACCAAAUGAGAACGUGCAUGAGCUGGCUGUGGAGCUCGUCCAGCUAGGAUUCAUCAGUGAGGGCGAUCAGCCGCGACUUGCAUCCGUUCUUGAAGAGGCCUUCUCAAAGUUCUACAGCCGGAAUGGUUCUCUCAAUCCGGUGACUGUUUCUUCGUAGCGGAGGACUCACUCGGCCUUCUUUCAUCCCUCCUCGUUCUUUACGUCAGGACUAGCUUUUUUUGCUUCACCUCUGAGUUGCAGGGAAGCUUUGCGAGGACGGAGGAGGGAAGCCUUGGUCUGGCUGCAGAUCCUGCAGCCUGUCGUCGUAUCUUCUGGUGGGAAAAGCUACCACUAAGUGGUUGUUGCUUUCUAUCUUUUUUUUUUUUUCUUUCUCCCACCCAAUACAGCCAUCUGCUUCUCUUGUGAAAGAGGAAACCCUAGUUGCAACUUAAAGGAAUUUACAAAUGUUUUCAAUUUUUGGCUUAUUUCUUUCACUUCUAAUAUAGAUGAAAAUGAUCGAGGUGAGCCAAAUCAAUUAGAAAACAGACGUUUCUUCCUUGAGUCAGUAUUAAAACUGUAUUUUAAACCUUUUUACUUAAAACUGUUAAAUAUUUGUCUAUAUAAAAAAACCUCUGUCCCGGCAUACUGAAGUGUAUGUGUUAUGGUGUUGUAAGGUUAAUUCUGGUUGUCUGGUCCUUUUAAACUUCCUCUUGAACAGCAAGUGAGGUAUCAUCCUACCGUGACACUCCGAUUCAUCGUGUGAACAGACGCAAUGUCACUUUUACUUCAAAACUCUGUAACUGUACAACAUGCAGCUGCAGCACAAUCUGAAGAGCUAUGGCUGAAAUAUAUGAAAAAAAGUCAAUCUAUUUAUUUGUGUAUCUUUUCUUGAGUGUAUACUGUACUUCACUUCCAGCACUAAAGGCCGGUGGUUGUUUGAAUGUAUGCUUUCGUUGCUCUCCUUCAAUCAAACUGUGGUUUUCUAUAAAAGGGGGUGUCGGCACUCAAAUGUGGUCCAACUGCUUCUGUAGCUUCUAUUUUAAAAAGUAGUCCAUCGCAGCACUUAUUCUAAAGGCUAGGUCCGUCAAAAAAAUGUGUUUGAAGGAGAGGAUUCAUGCGAGUUGCUUUUCAGUGAAAGCACAUGAUCUCAAAGAUUGUUUGGUAAUUGUAUGUAGGCUUUUCUGUGUGCAUGCAACAGCUUGCCUCUGGACUUGGUUUGAUGGUCAUUUGAAUGAUGACGGUAACAGAUUCAAGUAAUUGAUCAUACAGAUUAAAAAAUGUAAGUUUAGGUCUUCAUUUAGAAAUUGUGGUUUCCUUCAUGGCUGAGCUAAAACUUGCCCUCCCAUAUAGAUAUUCAGUUCUGAGCUCUGACCCUCUCCUCUCCCCUUCUAUGUCAACUGUUUGGGGAUCUCUCGCUAGUUUGCACUGCUGUACACUUUUAUAUGCUGUGUGAAAUGUCCUGUGGCCUCUGGCUCCUUCACAAUAACAGGAGAAUAUUAGGUGAAUUGGAUAUGGUGUCAUAAAAGUUUUAGGUAUGUGCUCCGGUCUCGUCUUCUCUCUAUGCUGUGACUACCUUCUGAUGGUGUGUAGAUACUGCAAGAUACAAGUGUGGGACUGCCUGGCAUGCUUGUAACCAUCUUGUACACUGUAUGCUGGACACUUUGCUCUGUUUCUGCUACGCAUUUACCCCCUUUUUUCACUUCCUGAAAUAAAAAUUUACACUCUCA